GAUCAUCUCCGAGCGCCGGUGCAGCCGCAUCCGCUUCAUGGACUGCACCAAGAAGCUCGGCACCUUCACGGAGGACAACGUGGGGCUCCAGCGCCGGAUCGUCGAGCGCUCCGGGCUCGGUGAGGACAUGUACCUGCCCGAGGCUGUGCUCAACAUCCCGCCCAAGCCGUCCAUGGCCAACGCGCACAAGGAGGCAGAGACGGUCAUGUUCGGCGCUUGCGACCAGCUCUUCGCCAAGACCGGCGUCAGGCCCAAGGACAUUGCGAUCCUGGUCGUGAACUGCAGCCUGUUCAACCCGACACCGUCGCUGUCCGCCAUGGUCGUGAGCCACUGCAAGCUUAGCGGGAACAUCGUUAGCUACAACCUGGGCGGCAUGGGGUGCAGCGCGGGGCUCAUAUCCAUCGACCUCGCCAAGGACCGGCUCCAGGUGCACCCCAACACGUACGCCGUGGUGAUCAGCAUGGAGAACAUCACCCUCAACUGGUACCUCGGGAACGACCGCUCCAUGUUGGUGUCCAACUGCCUGUUCCGCAUGGGCGGCGCCGCCAUCCUGCUCUCCAACCGGCGCUCCGCCCGCCGCCGCUCCAAGUACCAGCUGGUGCACACGAUGCGCACGCACAAGGGCGCCGACGACAGGGCCUUCGGGUGCGUGUACCAGCAGCAGGACGAAGACGGCAAGACGGGCAUGUCGCUGUCCAAGGACCCCAUGGCCUUCGCCGGCGGCGCGCUCGAGACCAACAUCACCACGCUCGGCCCGCUGGUGCUCCCCUUCAGUGAGCAGCUCCUCUUCUUGGCCACUCUCGCCGCCAAGAAGUUGUUCAACGCCAAGGUGGUGAAGCCCUACAUCCCGGACUUCAAGCUCGCCUUCGAGUACUUCUGCAUCCACGCCGGCGGCCGGGCGGUGCUGGACGAGCUGGAGAGCAACCUGCAGCUGUCGGAGUGGCACAUGGAGCCGUCGAAGAUGACGCUGCACCGGUUCGGCAACACGUCCAGCAGCUCGCUCUGGUACGAGCUGGCCUACGCCGAGGAGAAGGGGCGGAUCAAGAAGGGAGACAGGACGUGGCAGAUCGCGUUUGGGUCCGGAUUCAAGUGCAACAGCGCCGUGUGGAGGGCGCUCCGGUCGGUGAACCCGGCCAAGGAGAGGGACAUGGCCGGGAACCCCUGGGCCGACGAGAUCCACAGGUUCCCCGUGCCCGUGCCCAGGGUCUCCGCCGUUGAUCCCAACAACAAUUAG